CUCUGCUCCCGCCAUGAAAGUGCUUGUGGGCCCAGACCCUUCCCUGGUCUACCGGCCAGAUGCGGACCCCGAGGCCGCCAAGGACAAGAGCAGCUUCCGGAACUACGCGUCCGGCCCGCUCCUGGACCGCGUCUUCACCACCUACCAGCUCAUGCACAGACACCAGACGGUGGACUUCGUCAGGAAGAAGCAUGCCCAGUUCGGGGGCUUCUCCUAUAAGAAGAUGACUGUCCUGGAGGCCGUGGACAUGCUGGACCAGCUGGUGGACGAGUCGGACCCCGACGUGGACUUUCCCAACUCCUUCCACGCCUUCCAGACGGCGGAGGGCAUCCGGAAGGCUCACCCCGACAAGGACUGGUUCCACCUGGUGGGGCUCCUGCAUGACCUGGGGAAGGUCCUGGCUCUGGCAGGGGAGCCGCAGUGGGCUGUCGUUGGGGACACCUUCCCAGUGGGCUGCCGCCCCCAGGCCUCCGUGGUUUUCCGAGACUCCACCUUCCAGGACAACCCUGACCUUCAGGAUCCCCGAUACAGCACAGAGCUCGGCAUGUACCAGCCGCACUGUGGGCUCGAGAACGUCCUCAUGUCCUGGGGCCACGAUGAGUACAUGUACCAGAUGAUGAAGUUCAAUAAGUUCUCCCUCCCCCCAGAGGCCUUCUACGUGAUCCGCUUCCACUCCUUCUACCCGUGGCACACGGGCGGCGACUACCGGCAGCUGUGCAACGAGCGGGACCUGGCCAUGCUGCCCUGGGUGCAGGAGUUCAACAAGUUCGACCUCUACACCAAGAGCCCUGACCUGCCGGAUGUGGGCCAGCUGCGGCCCUACUACCAGGCGCUGGUGGACAAGUACUGCCCCGGCGUCCUGAGCUGGUGACGCCCGCCGCCGGGGCUGAUGGACACCCCAGUGUGACCUCCUUCUGUCCCCUCGCAGCCGCCUCCCUGCCCCGGGGGCCCAUCCCUGCUGGCGCUGUCCCCUGCAUGGUCACUGCCAGCGCAAUAAACCCCUUGCAGCAGCGCGUGGGGUGUAGUGUGGCUGCAGGCGUGGGGCGGGCCUCCUCGGACUGUCUCCCCUCCUCCCAGCGCCCCGUAGGAAACGGCUCUCCUCACCUCACUGCCUCAGGUGGUCCCCAGUCCUCCGGAAUCCUCGGCUUAGCACAAACAGGAGGCCUGAGAGCAGCUGUAAAAGCACCUGUGGGGGGACAGCUGCCCAAAGUGGGGGUUCUUGGAACUCUCUGAGGGAGCCCAGGGAGCUCCCUUCCCCAGGGAACCCCGAAGGGGCCCCCAGGGAGCCCCUGCCUCCUGGCUCAGGUGCCUACCUGCUGUCCCGUGGCCCCCUGCAGCGAGCCGAGCCCUGUUCCUGCCUGUGUUCAUGGCUGGAGCUCAGGCCUUCCAGGUGCUUCUGAUCAGCCACACUCCUCUUUAAAUGAGCCAGUUUCCUCCAAGGAAGUGGGCGCAAGUAACAACACGGGAGGGACCUAGACUUAUUAGCAGGCUUGCUUGGGGCUGCGAGCAGGACCACCUCCCCUGCUGGGCCCCGGCUGCAGGGCGGCGGAGCCAGCCUG